UCUAAUUUUAAUGCUUUUUUUCUUUAGAUGAUCAGCCUACCAUUGACCAAAUCAACCCAAUGCAUCUCCUUUAUAUUUCUCAUUCAUUCUUCAUUGUCAUCUGCAUCACUUCAGGCCUAAUUUGACAGGAAAAACGAUGUCUCUAGUUUCUGAAGCUCCUGGUUUUCUUCAAGUCUUUUCUGAUGGAUCUGUCAAACGCUUUUCAUCAGAAACAUUCCCUUCUUCACUGCAAUCAAAUGGAUACAAGUUCAAGGAUAUAAUCAUUGACCCAUCAAAGCCAAUAACAGCAAGACUGUUUCUUCCUGAUGAAUCUUCUGUGAGCAGGCUACCAGUUCUGGUUUAUUUUCAUGGUGGUGGGUUUUGUAUUGGCUCAACCACAUGGCUUGGUUACCAUCACUUUCUUGCAGAUUUCUCAGUCACAGCCAAAUGCAUUGUCUUCUCUAUUGACUACCGUUUGGCUCCAGAGAAUCGGCUGCCCAUAGCUUACGAUGAUUGCUACACUUCUCUUCAAUGGUUGAGUCAUCAAGUGAGUGUUGAACCUUGGCUCAAGUUGGCUGAUCUUUCUCGUGUGUUUCUCUCCGGCGACAGUGCAGGAGGGAACAUUGCACACCAUGUGGCUAUCAAAGCCAUGAGAAAGAAAGUUUCUUACGUUAAAAUCAAAGGGUUGCUGUUGAUUCAUCCUUAUUUUGGAAGUGAGAAGAGGACAAAGAAAGAGAUGGUUGAUGGAGCAGCUUCUGAUGUAGAGAUGAAUGAUAUGUUCUGGAGAUUAAGCAUACCAGAAGGAUCAAAUCGUGACUACUUUGGAUGCAAUUUUGAGAAGCAAGAUCUGUCUGAAACUGAGUGGAAUGUGUUUCCAGCAACAGUUGUUCAUGUUGCUGGUGUAGAUUUCUUGAAUGAAAGAGGAGUUUUGUAUGCAGAGUUUUUAGCUAAGCAUGGAGUUAAAGAGGUGGAGCUUGUGGAGGCUGAGGGAGAAUCUCAUGUGUUUCAUGUAUUUCGGCCUGAAUCUGAAGCAACUCGCUUGCUUCAGCAACAGAUGAGCAAGUUUAUCAACAGCCAUUAGCAUCUCCAAUGGCUGCCAAUGCCAUAACAAAGCUGUUGCAAUUACACUGGAUAAUGCAAAUCAAAUGUAUGGAAAUAAAUGAAUUCAAUCCAAUGUGUCCAAAAG